AGGCAUCCACUGGAACCGUGGACCGUCUGUCAGCGUAGCUGCAGCAUACCUACGCCUUCGACCUCCACCUCGCUCUCAGGCGCGUUCGGAGCAGAACAGCCUCGCCGUUCUCUCCCGCAAGGCCGUUGAGGUCUGCCCGAUUCUUUGGAAUCAGAUUCAUGUGAAGAGUCAGAUAAGGGUUUCUCUUCAGAGCUGCUGGAGUAUUGUUGGUCCCUGUUUUUGGUUGCAGAGAAAUCAUAUGUAGCAUAUACAAGGAGAAGGGGGAGGCUGCAUUCAUUCUUCUGGUCGAUCCAGGCUUUAGCUGCUGCAUCUCUGUCCCGCCGGCAGCCUAACAUCGGGGAACCACCUCAUAACUAUUGCCUCGGGCUACCUGAGAGAGUAUGCAGAGUCUAAGGAGCAAGGCGAGCGUCGUAUGGCGCCUUCAACCACCAUUCUCCCUCUUAAUCUCACGGUCGAAAACAACCUCAUCCUUCUCUGAUAGAAAUGGGGGAAGAGUGGCAGAUGCUUUCAACAAUACUAGCGACAGCAACGAGUGGAAUGAGGCCUGGGAGUCCUCUUGGUUGCCAGAGGACGUCGUGGCGCAGAGCAGGGCCCCCUGGGAGGUUGAUGUCCACGCUGACUUCACCGCCGCCGAGCAACCUGUUGUCUUUCCUUCCCAGCUCGACUCAGAUACCAGGGCCUUCGUGGAAGAGAUGAGCGAGAAUUGGAAUCAGCGUCGGGGCUCCAAGAAGCCUGUAGAGAGGUCGGCGCCUCCAGGUUUCACACUAUCGGAGAAAGACCCAUUGAAGGACUACAGGAUUCGGAAGCAGGCAGUCCAUGCUGCUUUGUGGAUGAAGGAGAUAGAGAAGGAGCUAGAGGCGAAGCUGGGGACGCCCGCUGGCCGUGAUGACAUUGACAAGCUGCUCGAUAGCUGCUCUGAGAUAUUUGACCAAGGGAGCAAUGAAAUUAAAGGUUACGAGGUUCCCAGUACAUCCCAGUUCAACAAUAAGCCUGAAGGAUGGGAAUCCACUUCAAAACCUCAAGAUGGUAAUGUGUUCAAUCUGACACAAAAGGAAGAUGAUAUUCUCCUCCAAGAAUUCGAAAGGCGAAUUGCUUUUACAAAGUUUCAGGUUGUAAGUUUUAUCAAGUCUCAUAUAUUUAGCCGUAGGAGGCCGGUGGAUGGAUGGAAAUACAUGAUUGAAGAGUUGGGUCCAAAUGCCAAAAGUGGUAAAGGUAGUAUGGCGAGACUGCCAAGUUCGCCUGUACCACCAAAUUAAUCUUUGGGAAAGAAGGUUGUAAUGAAGAUGCAUACAAAGGGCGGUAGUUCUUUGUUUUGUAAUGUAAUGAAUGCUUUACAUUCCCUAUCUUUUUUUCUUGAAAUAAUACAUUCUCUGUAUCAUCCUCUCAUAGAGCACUUUAGGAAGCUAGAGAGCGGGAGACUUGAUUCA